AUGUAUUGUUUUAAAUUUUUAAAUAUUUUGAACACGGCGCAGCAAUGUUUUCAAUGUUUCAGUAUGGUGAUGUCUAUUUGGGGCGUGAUUUUCCUGGGUCUGCUGGGUGUGUUCUUUUACGUACAAGCUGUGACACUCUUCCCUGAUCUUCAUUUCUCGGAAGAGACCAAGGAUGGUGGUCAUGUUGCGCCAAGUGUCGAGUAUGUUUAUCUUUCCUAUUUGCUCUUUGAAAUUAAGUUUCGUAAGAUACAACGGCGAUCUGUAGGUAGGUGUGUACCUCUCAAUAAUUCCUGUUCUUUUAGAGAUAUUGAGACCAAGUAUAGCGAGAAGGCAAUGCAAUGCUGGAUAGCGGCAGGAAUGUAUGGUGUGACCCUGAUACUUGUUUUUUGGCAAAACAAGUACAAUGCAACAACGGUAUUCUAA